CAACCAAUGCCGCGGCCGACUUGCGCCAGCGGGAUUCGUGUGUCAUAGAGUCCCGAGUUGUGCUGUGGUUUUAGGCCAUUCGCUGGCCUGAUUGACCGAGGGUCGACCCGAGAAUGGGUCGCAAAAUACAGCGCCGCCAAUCUGAGGAUCCAAUUGCAAAGGCCCGCCGUGAACGGAAUCGUCAAGCGCAGAUUGAGUGUCGUCAACGCCGGCAGCGUACCGAGAAAGCACAGCAAGACAGGAUAUACCAAUUGGAGGAAGCGGUAGACCAGCUCAGCGGCAUCAUUGUCACUAUCUGCGACGACUUGCUGGGGGUCGACCAGGUCGACCAGGUCGUGGCGCAGGCCAGCCUGGUCGCGCGACUCGAGCAGUCAAUCAGACAGGCUGUCAGCCUAUCCAAGUCUGUGAUGGAUGCAGAUGAGCCGCCAGCGACUGUGCAGGAUCCAAGUGAGAAAGACAAAGUAUUGUCUCCAACGGUGGAAGUGACAAGCAUCUCUGAUGUCAAACCCACCGUCAGCCCAAUAACCCCCAACGACUAUGAGACACCUCUCGAUGCCGAUCCGAGCUGGCUACCCACGCUGCAUAGUCACAAAUGGAGCCAGUAUAACGUAUCCGACUCUGGUAUUCCUUUUGACCUCAUCGCUCCGUUUAUUCAGAAUCUGUCCCCGCCAACAGACUGGUCCUCAUCAGCCUCGGAGGACGAGGAGCCAUUUGCCGUCCGGCUGGUCGAGGUGACCAUGGCUCGCGCCUGUCUCCUCCUCACCGGCCAAAUUCAAGCAUCUCCAAGGAAAAUGGAGUACAUAUUCGGUGCCACGCUCCGCCGUUGCACGCGAGAGGAUCUCCUGCGACGUAUCCAGCGUGUACUGGGGCCUGCGCGGGCCGAGAUUCUGCGUCCGGCUGGCAUCAACUGGAAGGUCUCGCCGUUUGGCAACGCGCAACAACAUGCGGCCACUUCUUAUCGGCAUCAGACGGGUGGAAGGCCCGACAGUCGCGGCAUGCUCACGGCGAUGGAGGUUGCAGCACUGCUGGAAGAGAUUGGGGCUUGUUUCGACAGCACGCAGAUGGAUUCAUCGCGCUUGGCCACAAUCUUGGCUUCGACAGCUAUCUGCAUGGAUUUCGGGCCUGCCUACCCGCGCCACACAAUCGACAAGGCGAUCCAGGCAUCGCUGUUGCGGGUAUAAUCAGUAUAAGUUUCCAGGAUCAAUACAAGGCUGCAACAUGAACCCGCUACUUCACCGGUCGAUCACUCAUUGACUUUUACUACGCCCCGGAAGCUGUUGUCCUCCAGGCUGUCCUUGAGGGCGCUCAUCUCUCCAGUGGGAAAGG